CGGCUCCAAGCAUAAACCACGAGCACAAAGAAAACCACAUCCUCCUCACACCAGAUAAAUCUCGCAAUGUCGUCGGGCUGGGAAAUUCGCAUGUCUAACUCGAAGGGCAUACCGUACUACUUUAAUGCUGUCAGUAAGCAAUCAAGCUGGGAUGCCCCCUCAGAGCUAUCGGAGGAUCAGAUCAAGUCUCUUCCCGGCUCAAAGCACCUGAGUGCCGGUAGCAGCGGAGGUGCUGGGACGAUCACAGCGAGUCAUUUGUUGAUAAAGCACAAAGACAGUCGGCGGCCAUCGAGUUGGAAGGAGACAAAUAUUACACGCACUAAGGAAGAGGCUAUCGACAUUCUCCGAGAAUAUCAGGCCCAGGUUGGCAACUCGCGCGAGAAGUUCGAAGAACUGGCGAGUAUCCAUUCCGAUUGUUCAUCGCAUUCCCAGAAGGGAAACCUCGGACCAUUUUCGAAGGGUCAGAUGCAAAAGCCCUUUGAAGACGCCGCGUUUGCUCUGCAGGUCGGAGAGUUCAGCGAUAUCAUCAGCACAGACAGCGGUGUGCACAUUAUUUUGAGAACGGCAUAGCGCGAUUGAAUUGAGCAGCGGGGAAGUUUAUGCAGACGAAGGUGUCGUACGUCCAUUAAAUUGUAACAUUGAGCACGAUAUUACGGCGUUUGAAGUAUAUGCGAUUGUGUCUCUGACUCUGAUUUUGAAGUUUCAGGUCUAGGGCUGAGUUGAAAGCCUGAAAAGAUCAAAAUAAUAUAUAUGCCAUGGCGCCAGCACACCAGUCUGCUACCACACCAUUUUCAGGAAGACACGUCCGCAAUUUCAUUUUAUUAUGAAGCUCAAUGAGAUUCUGAACGUUGGCGCUGCAUGACGCGGUGGC